AUGGCCGAUAACGAGCAUCUUCGGCAGCUCCUCGCGUCUUAUCCAGCUGCUAUUACGGAUUUUUUCGGCUCCGGGACUCUCUGCCUCCACAAGACCGGACCGGCGUGGCCCGUUGCGCCAGCCAAUGCUCAGAAGCUCGUCCGUGCCGCCCGCCCAUACUACAAUCCCGAGAAGGCGCCGAUCUGGCUCCCGACCCUAAAGAGCAUCGUUGCCUUUCUCGACUCCCUCGACGUGGAUGUGCAGUUGACCGCGGUUGACCCGCUUGCAUACGCCAAUGCCGGUCAGGCGCAAUUGUUCUGCGACUUCAUCGUCGUCAUCAGCGUCAAUCCGCAGACGCUUGCCCAUGCUGAUGCUGUGGCCGCUGCUCCUGGCGUUAUUGCUAUACUCGAGAAAGCCGGGUUCUCCGAUGUUCAAGUCGCCUUCGUCGAGGCCGUCUAUCGCCGCCGCCAGGCGAAGUUCAUGGGCUUCGACCCGAUCUCCGAGCUGGAGAGCAUCGCCAAGCUACGCAAGCCAUUCACCCUUUCUCUCGGUAGUCUCUGCAUCGCUCCCCACAACACGCCUCACUACGAAGGCAGCGGUGGCGUCUUCAUCCGUCUCACCUCUGACCCGUCCGACAAGCGCGUCUUCCUUUUGACAUGCGCCCAUGUUGCCCACCCUCCCCCCGUGUUCCCAAAUAGGGCUUAUACGCGCAAGAACAGCAGCCAACCUCGCGAAGACGUCGUUCUCCUCGGCACCGCCAUGUAUGACGAAUCCCUCGGCGACAUCAUGAAGCUGAUCGGGGAGCAGACAAAGUCAAUCGGCACCUGGGAGUCGUCCCUUAGCAGGAUCCCGGCGCAGGCUCCCGAUGAGCCCUCGUCUAGGACGGAUCGGCGCAAGGAGCUCACCGACCUCAUCGCCAAGGCCAAGAAGACGAUCACGGCGGCGAAUGAACUCCACAACGCCGUGACGAAGAACUACUCCUUCACCGGCUCCCGCAUCCUCGGAUUCAUCUACCACUGUGCAGAGAUUGGAGUCGGCGCCGACGGCUAUAUGUAUGAUUGGGCCUUGAUUCAGCUCGACCUUGACAAGUUGGAGGCGGGUAAUUUCUUGGGAAAUAAGCUUUACGUCGGCGGAAACAAGACCGCCAUCGACUGGGAAGCGUAUAUGUUUCCUCAGCCUCACGACACUGCCGACUUCCACGUUCCCGACGACCUCCUUCUCCAGCUCCAGGACUACGUUCGCGAGGACGAGAUGCGCAAUCCCCAGAACUACGACGUCCACAACGUGAAGACACUCCUGGCGGUCAAGAACGGCCGAACGACCGGUACCACCUUUGGCCGCGUCAACGGCUUCGAGUCUAUCACCCGCGAGUACCCCGAUCACGACCUCAAGGUCGACGCCGUCGAGGUCAUCGUGCUCGGCUACGACACCAAGACGGCCAAAAACGAUCGCUUCUCCGAUGAGGGAGAUUCAGGGGCCAUGGUUGUCGACAGGCUCGGUCGUCUCAUUGGGCCUGUCACGGGCGGUGGAGGCCCCAGCCCUACGGACGCCACGGACAAGAGCUACAUCACACCGUACUACAAACUCAAGAAGCAGUUCGAGGGGCAGUUCGAGAAGGCCCACCUCCUCCCCCCUGUUUUCGACUUCCUUUUUGCUUGAGUUACAUCUGGAACGCGCUGCUCACGCAGUCUGUUAUCGUCCCCCACUGUCCUUUCUCUCCCGUAUUGUCUUUCUCCUACCAUCUAUGCAUUCCCCCUCCCUUUCUUUUUUGCUCUUGUAUCUCUCUCUCUCUCUCUCUUCUUCCGUUUGCACUCACC